ACGGCGAGUGUUUCAUGGGAACUUCAAUUCAUUACGCCCCCUUUGUUUUUGUGCAGUGUGCUGCAUGAGCGUGAUUAUGGCGACGGCUGGAAAAGUGAUUAAGUGCAAGGCGGCGGUGGCCUGGGGGGCGGGGAAGACCCUGUCGAUCGAAGAGGUGGAGGUGGCUCCGCCCAAAGCCCACGAGGUCCGCAUCAAGCUCUUUGCCACGGGGAUCUGUCACACGGAUUCCUACACGCUCAGCGGGUCCGACCCCGAGGGGCUCUUCCCCGUCAUCCUGGGGCACGAGGGGGCCGGAACAGUGGAGAGUGUUGGAGAGGGCGUCACCAAAUUCAAAGCAGGUGACACCGUGGUUCCCCUGUAUGUUCCGCAGUGUGGGGACUGCAAGUUCUGCAAAAACCCCAAGACCAAUCUUUGUCAAAAGAUCAGGGUGACCCAGGGUCAGGGACUGAUGCCGGACCGGACGACCCGGUUCACCUGCCAGGGGAAGCCGGUGUUCCACUUCAUGGGGUGCAGCACCUUCUCCGAGUACACCGUGGUGGUGGACAUCUCCCUGGCCAAGGUGGACGAGAAGGCUGCCCUGGACAAGGUGUGCCUCCUGGGCUGCGGCAUCUCCACAGGCUACGGGGCGGUUCUGAACACUGCCAAGGUGGAGCCGGGGUCCACCUGCGCUGUUUUCGGCCUGGGGGCCCUGGGCCUCGCCGUCAUCAUGGGCUGCAAGGAGGUGGGGGCGUCCCGGAUCAUCGGCGUCGACAUCAACCCCGACAAGUUCCAGAAGGCCAAGGAGUUCGGGGCCACCGACCUGGUGAACCCCAAGGACCACAGCCGCCCCAUACAGGAGGUCCUGGUGGAGAUGACGGACGGAGGGCUGGACUACACCUUCGAGUGCGUGGGCAACGUGGCCAUCAUGAGAGCGGCCCUGGAAGCCUGCCACAAGGGCUGGGGGGUCAGCGUCAUCAUCGGGGUGGCCGGGGCGGGGCAGGAGAUCUCCACCCGCCCCUUCCAGUUGGUCACGGGGCGCACCUGGAAGGGAACUGCUUUUGGAGGGUGGAAGAGUGUGGAGAGCGUGCCCAAGCUGGUCGAUGACUACAUGAACAAGAAGCUGAAGGUGGAUGAGUUUGUGACCCACACCUUGCCCUUUGACAAGAUCAACGAAGGCUUUGAACUCCUGCACUCUGGGCAAAGCAUUCGGACUGUCCUGAACUUCUAGGCUUUGGGUUCUGACGCGGCUGCUUCAGACAACGACCCUGGUUUCCUCCUCUUGCUGUUGCUAGUCCCCCCCCCAGUAGUGCCACCUUUCAUCUAAUGCCAUUUUUUGGGUAGUCUUCAAAUUACCCCGUAUUAAAUGUUGUUUUUACAGUCAGUUUAUAUUUUACUGAACUGUUUAAAUGGGCACUUACAUCUUUUUUCUGCACUUGAAUAAACAACGAACGGAUCACAAAA